AUGGCUGUAUCGGGAGUGCCGAUGCCCCGAUACACCUAUACUCCUCGACACAUUUUCACCUCCAGAGCUUUCUCGACAGUAGGCCCGUUGCGGUCUGAUCGGCCCCCUACCUCACAACAUCCCGAUAUCAACCUUUCACCUGUGGAAGAUGUGGUUGCUGAAGUCGAAAAUAACGGAUCUACCUCUGAGUCGCAUGUGCCCUGGUACCUGCAGGAUGAACCAGCCGCCGACGAGUCCCGAUCCUUAUCUGGAGACCAUAUCCCAGAAAUCCCAGAAAAUUCCCCCGAAAUUCUCCCUACUCUGCUCGAAUAUUCCUACAAAGACCUCGGCUUGGAUAGCCUCAAACUGUUUGACCUUCGUGGUCUCGAAACACCCGCCGCACUUGGCGCCAAUGUCAUCAUGAUCAUUGGAACAGCACGCAGCGUGAAGCAUCUGAACGUAUCCGCCGAUCGUCUGUGCAGGUGGCUUCGGGCCACGUACAAGCUUUCGCCAUUUGCCGACGGCUUACUUGGACGCAAUGAGCUGAAGAUCAAGCUCCGUCGCAAGGCUAAGCGAGCGCGCGCAGCUGCCAAUGCCGGUAGAAUGGUGGAUGAAAAGGAUGACGGCAUCACGACAGGUUGGAUCUGUGUCAACGCGGGCGUUGUUGACAAAGGUGCCAUCGAAUUGGAACUCAAGGAUGCCGGAUUCGAAGGCUUUGGUCAGCUUGAUACUGGCACUAGCGUGAUUGUUCAGAUCUUCACUGAGGAGAAGCGAGCCGAAGUCGACCUGGAUGGUCUAUGGCAGGGGAACUUUGACCGUGCCGAACGCAAACGUAUUCGCGAGCUUCAACAAGAUAAUGCGGCAUCUGCGUCUAAGACGGAACCCUCGGCAAAUGGUCGCCUUUCGAAUAGUCCUGCCAGCUAUCCCAGUGGACAGAAAAGAGGUCUUCACACUAGUCGCGAAGGUGCCUCAUCUUCCACCAAAUCCGUGAACGUGGACCCGGCUACCGUUUUUGCGGCAUCAUCGGUACCCGGAAAGACACCUGGAAUGUCCACUGAAUCGCUGCUCAAGAUGUUGACUGGACUUCCCGAGGAGAAUGCGAGGAUCGAACUUGGGACUGGUCCCGACGAUUAUCAAUCUACUCUGUUUCUACGACUGCUCAACGAGAGCCUCCCGGCCAAUAUGUCCCAUGAAGCUCUCGCGGCACUGCGCCUAAAACUGGCUACGAUCGCCAUUUCUUGCCACCACCCGGCAUACAGCAAGCCUGCAUUGUCCGCCUCGUUUACCGCAUAUCUUAGCAAUGCUUACAAUCUGGAGGAUGAUCUUGCUUUUGAGAUUGUAUCCGCGCUCCUGGCCCCGCAAAAGCUUGAAGGCAGCCAUGGAGAGCCUGUGUUAUACCUACCCGAGGCCGACAUUGAGCUCGCUCUGCAAAUUAUCGACCGUCUCAGCCUGCGGGGCGUUCCGAUCCUCAACAUGAAAGUAUUCAAUAUGCUCUACCGCGUUGCUGAUACUACAACCAAACUCCCAUCGAAGGAAGGUCUUUCCCAGUCCAAAGUUACACCGCAAUCAGUAACUGGGAAUGAAUGGUCCGAAUCUCAACGUCAAAUGCUGAAUCGAUUGUCAAAAAUCGUUGCUGGUGCCAAUGUCGCCUUUGACGAAGAAGAAGCCCGCCGGCUCAUGGUAACCCAGUUUCGAUGUGAAGACUAUGAUGGAUUCUGGCGUCUGUGGCGAAAGUUUCCCCUGAAAGGUGUCAUUCGCACACCCGAAGACUAUGCCCAACUGUACCAGCUGCACGCCGACCUUGGAGAUGAGCGUCGAGCGCGCGAGUGUAUCUCUGAGUGGGUGCCUAUGAUGGACCGAGAGGUUACUCCAGUGCGGCUGCAGGGUCCAAUUGUGACCCCCCCUCAUGCACUGUAUUCUGGUUGCGGAUCCUGA